GGAGGAAGAGGAAGAUGACAGAGUAGGGAAAUGACAAGCUGACGGAGCCUACACAGACCAGAGAGGGAACUGCGACUGACUGACAGCGAGGCAGACAAAGAAGAAGAAUGCCGAGGAGAAAACAGUCGAACCCACAGCCCGUCAAAUGUAAGUACAGUUUUAUAGCCUUACUAGCUACUAUAGUCAUGCUAUUGACUGGGUGGUGAAGGAGUUAUCUCAAAACUAACUAGCUGGUUGUCCUUGAGUUUCCACAUAUUUCAAUGUCUGAGAUGUUUUGCUACUUGUACCUUCUAGGGGAGUGACCCCUAGCUCAUGGUGGUUACUAGAUCAACUGUAAUCCAUAUUUGUACUGAUUUGAAUGAAGUCUUGGGUUUGGGUAUAUCCAACUUUGAUACAGGAUUAGAUCAUUUAGUUACAUAGUUGAUAUGUACUUCAGCUGUUAAACCUCUGUCAGCUUCCAGAACUGUAAUCUCUCCCUCUCUCUCUCACUGUCUCUCUCUCUGUCUCUCUCUCUCUCUGUGUCUCUCUCUCUCUCUCUCUCUCUCUCUCUCUCUGAGUUAUCUCUCUCUCUCUCUCUCUCUCUCUUCUCUCUCUCUCUGAGUUCUCUCUCUCUCUCUCUCCCUCCCUCUCUCUGAGUUCUCUCUCUCUCUCCCUCUCUCUGAGUUCUCUCUCCCUCUCUCUCUCUCUGUCUCUCUAGCUCUUGCUGUCUCUCUGUCUCUCUCUCUCUCUGAGUUCUCUCUCUCUGAGUUCUCUCUCUCUCCCUCUCUCUCCCUCUCUCCUCUCUCUCUCUGUCUCUCUGUCUCUCUCUGUCUCUGUCUCUCUCUCUCUCAUCCUGUGUGUGUGUUAUCUCAUCCUGAGUGUUGUCUCAGCUGGACUUCCUCUUCUCUGCUUCCUGUCUCCACUUCCCCUGCCUGACCUCCCCCUCUCCUCCCUCCCUCUCUCCCCUACCUUUCCUCUUCAAUCACCCCACAAUGCUGUAUUAGUGUGAGGAGAGAGGUUAUUGUGUUUUGCAGUAGACAGUGUAGUGUAGUGUAAUGAUGGUGUGUAGUGUAGUGUAGUGAUGGUGUGUGUGUGUAGUGUAGUGAUGGUGUGUAGUGUAGUGUAGUGAUGGUGUGUAGUGUAGUGUAGUGAUGGUGUGUAGUGUAGUGUAGUGAUGGUGUGUGUGUAGUGUAUUGAUGGUGUGUGUGUGUAGGAUGUAUGUGUGUGUGUAGUGUAAUGAUGGUGUGUGUGUAGUGUAAUGAUGGUGUGUGUGUAGUGUAAUGAUGGUGUGUGUGUGUAGUGUAGUGAUGGCGUGUGUGUAAUGAUGGUGUGUGUGUAGUGUAAUGAUGGUGUGUGUGUAGUGUAGUGAUGGUGUGUGUAGUGUAGUGAUGGUGUGUGUGUAAUGAUGGAGUGUGUGUAAUGAUGGAGUGUGUGUAGUGUAAUGAUGGUGUGUGUGUGUGUGUGUGUGUGUGUGUGUGUGUGUGUGUAAUAUAGUAGAUGGUGUGGAGUGUGAUCCAGGAUGCCUGGUUCUGGACAGUGACUUCCUGCUUAGUGGAGAGCUCUGUGAGUUUGGAGACACAGAGAUCAUGGGACUGGACAGAGACACAGGUCAGACACACACAUUGACACACAUACACAUUACACAAACACACUGACCAACCGGAUCUCAUAGUUACAUUCUAUUUUGUGACGCAUUAAUUCUGCGUGGUAACAGGGUUAAUUCUGCGUGGUAACAGGGUUAAUUCUGUGUGGUAACAGGGUUAAUUCUGCGUGGUAACAGGGUUAACUCUGCGUGGUAACAGGGUUAAUUCUGCGUAGUAACAGGGUUAAUUCUGCGUAGUAACAGGGUUAAUUCUGCGUGGUAACAGGGUUAAUUCUGCGUGGUUACAGGGUUAAAACAGAAACAACUCAAAGCUUUAAGUUUAAGGUAUUAAUUACGAGGGUUUAACCCCCUAGAGUCUAUGUCCAUGCCCCCGUGGAAAUGUAAUUAGCAUAAUACAUAAAUCCCCAUAAAGAUCCAUCAGUUUAAGCUAGAGAUAUCCGUUAUUUUGCAUUGGAUGCAUCUCAAUCCCCCGCAUCCGCCGAUGUCGCACUUCUGCAUCUGUUGUGAAAGGUGACAGAGCUAGAGCGGUGUUUGUCAGACCACGAGACAUCCAGAAAAUCAUUCUUCUCACAAAAUCGCCUGUAGCUUCCGAACGGUUUGGCCUGCGUUACUAUUAUGAAAAGAUGAGACUGUCACGAACACCAUGGUGGUCUCCGUUUUGCUCUACGACCCCCACAAGCGUCUUGGGACUCGUCUGAAGUCGGUACAGCCGAUCUGCCAACUUCUGUCUGUAGCGUCCAAACAGUUUGGGGUUACACACUGAGAGACUCUCACGAACAUGUACAUUUUUUUUUUUUAUUCAAGGGGUCUUAAAAUUCAAAAUCAAAUAGCUAAAUUAUCCUUGGUAUGUCCUUCUUAAAACAACUCCAUGUAGCUUAAAGUAACCCUCCGGCUCAGACAAGGCUAAGUCUAUAGAGGGUUAAGGUUAGGGCUAUGGGUUGGGGAAUGCACUGUUUCCGUCAAGUAUUAUCUAGAGCAUUGUGAACUGCAGUGGUCAGAGCAGCAUGCUUUGGGCCAAUGCCAACGUUCAAAACAACUGGGAACUCUGAAAAAUACGAGGUCAAAUCAUGACGUCAGUGAUCUUCAGGUUGGAAAGUCAGAGCUCUAAAAAGAGUCCAGAGUUCCCGAGUUGAAUUCUGAGUUCAUACCAAUUUUUCCCAGUCGGAGUUAAUUUUUUUUCAGAGUUCCCAGUUGUUUUGAACGCACUGAAGUCGGGAAGUCAGAGAUUUCUCAGUUCCCAGUUGUUUUGAACACGGCAUAAGCAGCGCUCUUUGCCUCCGAGCAUCAUGAGUUCACGCCAGUUCUCUGCAAUAGUUUUCAAUAUUAUAAAAAUAUAUAUAUCUGGGCCGAGGAAGGCAUAUAUCGAUGUCCUCAGGACCUUUUCAAAUGUCAGAAAUCGAAAGCUAUUUCUAGUGACCAGGCUGACACUGACAAGUACACAUACACACACUUACAGUGUAUUCGGAAAGUAUUCAGACCCCUUGACUUUUUCCACAUUUUGUUACAUUACAGCCUUAUUCUAAAAUUUAUUAAAUAGUCCCCCCCCCACACUCCCUCAUCAAUCUACGCACAAUACCCCAUAAUGAUGAAGCAAAAACAGGUUAUUAGAAAUUUUUGCAAAUGUACACUACCGUUCAAAAGUUUGGGGUCACUUAGAAAUGUCCUUGUUUUCGAAAGAAAAGCAUUGUUUUUGUCCAUUAAAAUAACAUCAAAUUGAUCAGAAAUACAGUGUAGACAUUGUUAAUGUUGUAAAUGGCUAUUGUAGCUGGACAUUUUAAUGAAGCUGUCAGUUGAGGACCUGUGAGGCGCCUGUUUCUCAAACUAGACACUCUAAUGUAUUUGUCCUCUUGCUCAGUUGUGCACGUGGGCGUCCCACUCCUCUUUCUAUUCUGGUUACAUUUUUACAUUUUACAUUUUAGUCAUUUAGCAGACGCUCUUAUCCAGAGCGACUUACAGUUAGUGAGUGCAUACAUUUUUAUUUUAUUUUCCAUACUGGCCCCCCGUGGGAAUCGAACCCACAACCCUGGCGUUGCAAGCGCCAUGCUCUACCAACUGAGCUGCACAGGACUAGAGCCAGUGUGUGCUGUUCUGUGAAGGGAGUAGUACACAGCGUUGUACGAGAUCUUCAGUUUCUUGGCAAUUUCUCGCAUAGAAUAGCCUUCAUUUCUCAGAACAAAGAAUAGACUGACGAGUUUCUGAAGAAAGUUAUUUGUUUCUGGCCAUUUUGAGCCUGUAAUCGAACCUUCAAUUGAUGAUGCUCCAGAAAGUCUCAAGAAGGCCAGUUUUAUUGCUUCUUUAAUCAGCACAACAGUUUUCAGCUGUGCUAACAUAAUUGUAAAAGGGUUUUCUAAUGAUCAAUUAGCCUUUUAAAAUGAUAAACUUGGAUUAGCAAACACAACGUGCCAUUGGAACACAGGACUGAUGGUUGCUGAUAAUGGGCCUCUGUACGCCUAUGUAGAUAUUCCAUAAAAAAUCAGCCGUUUCCAGCUACAAUAGCCAUUUACAACAUUAACAAUGUCUACACUGUAUUUCGGAUCAAUUUGAUGUUAUUUUAAUGGACAACAAAAUUGCUUUUCUUUCAAAAACAAGGACAUUUGUAAGUGACCCCAAACUUUUGAACGGUAGUGUAAUAAAAAAAACCCCGGAAAUAUUACAUUUACAUAAGUAUUCAGACCCUUUACUACAAGCUUGGCACACCUGUAUUUGGGGAGUUUCUCUCAUUCUUCUCUGCAGAUCCUCUCAAGCUCUGUCAGGUUGGAUGGGGAGGUCUCCCCAUAGAUGUUCGAUCGGGUUCAAGUCCGGGCUCUGGCUGGGCCACUCAAGGACAUUCAGAGACUUGUCCCGAAGCCACUCCUGCAUUGUCUUGGCUGUGUGCUUAGGGUCAUUGUCCUGUUGGAAGGUGAACCUUCACCGCAGUCUGAAGUCCUGAGCACUCUGGAGCAGGUUUUCAUCAAGGAUCUCUUUGUACUUUGCGCCGUUCAUCUUUCCCUCGAUCCUGACUAGUCUCCCGGUCCCUGCCGCUGAAAAACAUCCAUGCUUCACCGUAGGGAUGGUAUUGGCCAGGUGAUGAGCGGUGCCUGGUUUCCUCCAGGCGUGACGCUUGACAUUCAGGCCAAAGAGUUCAAUCUUGGUUUCAUCAGACCAGAGAAUCUUGUUUCUCAUGGUCUGAGAGUCUUUAGGUGCCUUUUGGCAAACUCCAAGCGGGCUGUCAUGUGCAUUUUACUGAGGAGUGGCUUCCAUCUGGCCACUCUACCAUAAAAGCCUGAUUGGUGGAGUGCUGCAGAGAUGGUCGUCCUUCUGGAAGGUUCUCCCAUCUCCACAGAGGAACUCUAGAGCUCUGUCAGAGUGACCAUCGGGUUCUCUGUCACCUCCUUGACCAAGGCCCUUCUCCCCCGAUUGCUCAGUUUGGCCGGGUGGCCAGCUCUAGGAAGAGUCUUGGUGGUUCCAAACGUCUUCCAUUUAAGAAUGAUGAAGGCCACUGUGUUCUUGGGGACCGUCAAUGCUGAAUAAAUGUUUUGGUACCCUUCCCCAGAUCUGUGCCUCGACACAAUCCUGUCUCGGAGCUCUACGGACAAUUCCUUCGACCUCAUGGCUUGGUUUUUGCUCUGACAUGCACUGUCAACUGUGGGACCUUAUAUAGACAGAUUUGUGCCUUUCCAUGUCCAAUCAAUUGAAUUGACCACAGGUGGACUCCAAAUUGUGGAAACAUCACAAGGAUGAGCAAUGGAAACAGAAUGCACCUUAGCUCAAUUUCUAGUCUCAUAGCACAGGGUCUGAAUACUUAUGUAAAUAAGGUAUUUCUGUAUUUGAUUUAUUUAUACAUUUGCAAAAAUGUCUAACAACCUGUUUUUGCUUUGUCAUUAUGGGGUAUUGUGUGUAAAUUGAUGAGGAAUUGUUUUUAUUUAAUCCAUUUUAGAAUAAGGCUUUAACGGAACAAAAUGUGGAAAAAGUGAAGGGGUCUGAAUACUUUCCGAAUGCACUGUACAUGGUUUUACGAGUCCUUGACUAAAUGCUGUUGUAUGCUGCUCUCUCUCUCUCUCUCUCUCUCUCUCGCUCCCACUCUCUCUUCCUUUAUCUCUCUCCUGCUCUCCCUCCCUCCCCUGCUCUCUUCCGCUCUCCCUCUCUCUCUCUCCCUCUCUCUCUCUCUCUCGGUCUCUCUCUCCUUCCCUCUCUCUCUCACCUCUCCCUCCCUCUCUCUACCAGGUAUGACAGUGUUCUCUCUAAGUGAUGACGGCUCCACCCUUCCAGGUCCGGGUGACUCCGCCUUCCCAGUGUUCCUCUCCUGUAAGGGGUGUGGCCAAUUGAUGGGGGCCGACCUUGACCUAGGAGCGGGACUAGACUUGGGGGCGGGACUCUACUGCCUGAGCUGUGAAGAGGGCCUCCAAUCAGAAUCACACACAGCCAUGGAGGAUACCUCACAGGAGGAGGAGUCAACCCCGGCUGUCCAAUCCUGUGGGAGGAAGGACAGGAAGAGGAAGAGGAGAAGGGCGGGUGAUGAAGAAGCCUGUAUGAAGCUGUACACGUGCUCUCUGUGUAGUUUCUCCUCUCGCUACUCCAACCAUCUAAAACGCCACAUGAGGACCCAUGAUGGAGAGAAGCCCUACCACUGUCCCCACUGCCCCUACGCCUCUACACAGAGGGUAAACCUGCAGAGACACACACGCACACACACCGGGGAGAAGCCCUACCUCUGCAACGCUUGCAGCUAUGCCUGUAGUUCCCUGGGGAACCUGCGGAGGCACCAGCGCUCACACAGCCAGGAGUCCCGGCCCCGGCCGCAACGCACCCACACACUAAAGAGACGCAGCAGACGGAAACACACACACAGAGAUAAUGGUGAAGGUAAGGGCACACAGUCAGGCUGGUACACACACACAGAGAUAAUGGUGAAGGUAAGGGCACACAGUCAGGCUGGUACACACACACACAGAUAAUGGUGAAGUUAAGGGCACACAGUCAGGCUGGUACACACACAGAGAGAUAUUGUGAAGAUAAGGCACACAGUCAGGCUGGUACACACACACACACACACACACAGAUAAUGGUGAAGGUAAGGGCACACAGUCAGGCUGGUACACACACAGAGAUAAUGGUGAAGGUAAGGGCACACAGUCAGACUGGUACACACACAGAGAGAAAAUGGUGAAGGUAAGGGCACACAGUCAGGCUGGUACACACACAGAGAUAAUGGUGAAGGUAAGGGCACACAGUCAGGCUGGUACACACACACAGAGAGAAAAUGGUGAAGGUAAGGGCACACAGUCAGGCUGGUACACACACACACAGAGAUAAUGGUGAAGGUAAGGGCACACAGUCAGGCUGGUAAACACACACACAGAGAUAAUGUUGAAGGUAAGGGCACACAGUCAGGCUGGUACACACACACAGAGAUAAUGGUGAAGGUGAAGGGCACACAGUCAGGCUGGUACACACACACACAGAGAUAAUGGUGAAGGUAAGGGCACACAGUCAGGCUGGUACACACACACACAGAUAUAAUAGAUAAUGUUGAAGGUAAGGGCACACAGUCAGGCUGGUACACACACACAGAGAUAAUGGUGAAGGUAAGGGCACACAGUCAGGCUGGUACACACACACAGAUGAUAAUGGUGAAGGUAAGGCACACAGUCAGGUGGUACACACCACAAGAUAAUGUUGAAGGUAAGGGCACACAGUCAGGCUGGUACACACACACACACAGAUAAUGGUGAAGGUAAGGGCACACAGUCAGGCUGGUACACACACACAGAGAUAAUGGUGAAGGUAAGGGCACACAGUCAGACUGGUACACACACACGAGAGAUAAUGGUGAAGAUAAGGGCACACAGUCAGGCUGGUAACAAACACACACAGAUAAUGGUGAAGGUAAGGGCACACAGUCAGGCUGGUACACACACACAGAGAUAAUGGGGAAGGUAAGGGCACACAGUCAGCUGGUUACACACACACAGAGAUAAUGGUGAAGGUAAGGGCACACAGUCAGGCUGGUACACCACACACAGAGAUAAUGGUGAAGUAAGGGCACACAGUCAGGCUGGUACACACACACACAGAGAUAAUGGUGAAGGUAAGGGCACACAGUCAGGCUGGUACACACACAGAGAGAUAAUGGUGAAGGUAAGGGCACACAGUCAGGCGGUACACACACAGAGGAUAAUGGUUAAGGUUAAGGGCACACAGUCAGGCCUGGUACACAACACCCAGAGAGAUAUGGUGAAAGUAAGGUCACACAGUCAGGCUGGUAAACCACACAGAUAAUGGUGAAGAUAAGGGCAACCCAUUCAGGCUGGUACACAUCACACCAGAGAUAAUGGUGAAGGGUAAGGGCACACAGUCAGUCUGGUUACACACACAACGCACACACACAGAUACGGGGAGGUAAGGGCACACGUCAGGCUGGUCACACACAGGUUAAUGGUGAAGAUAAGGGACACAGUCAGGCAGGUACACACACACAGAGAUAAUGGUGAAGGCAGGGCACACCAUCAGGCUUGUACACACACACAGGCAGAUAAUGGUGAAGGUAAGGGCACCGGUCAGUCUGUUACACACACAAUAGAGAUAAUGGUGAAGGUAAGGGCACACAGUCAGGCUGGUACACACACAGAGAUAAUGGUGAAGGUAGGGUCACACAGUCAGGCUGGUACACACACACAGAGUAUGGUGAAGGUAAGGGCACACAGCGGCUGGUACACACACCACAGAGAAUAAUGGUGAAGGUAAGGGCACACAGUCAGGCUGGUACACACACAAGAGAUAAUGGUGAAGGUAAGGGCACACAGUCAGGCUGGUACACACACACAGAUAUAAUGGUGAAUGGUAAGGGCACACAGUCGGCUGGUACAUACACACGAGAUAAUGGUGAAGGUAAGGGCACACAGUCAGGCUGGUAACACACAUACAUAGAUAAUGUGAAGGUAAGGGCACACAGUCAGGCUGGUACACACACACGAUAAUGGGUGAAGAUAAGGGCACACAGUCAGGCUGGUACACCACACAGAGAUAAUGGUGAAGGUAAGGGCACACAGUCAGCUGGUACACACACAAGAGAUAAUGGUGAAGGUAGGGCACACCAGUCAGGCUGGUACACACACACCAGAGAUAAUGGUGAAGGUAAGGGCACACAGUCAGGCUGGUACACACACACACAGAUAAUGGUGAAGUAAGGGCACACAGUCAGGCUGGUACACACACACAGAGAUAUGGUGAAGGUAAGGGCACACAGUCAGGCUGGUUACACACACAGAGAUAAUGGUGAAGGUAAGGGCACACAGUCAGGCUGGUACACACACACAGAGAUAAUGGUGAGGUAAGGGCACACAGUCAGGCUGGUACACACACACACAGAGUAAUUGUGAAGGUAAGGGACACAGUCAGGCUGGUACACACACACAGAGAUAAUGGUGAAGGUAAGGGCCACACAGUCAGGCUGGUACACACACAGAGAGCAUAAUGUGAAGGUAAGGGCACACGUCAGGCUGGUACACACACAGAGAGAUAAUGGUGAAGGUAAGGGGCACACAGUUCAGGCGGCCACACACAGAUACAGGCUGGUUAGUACACACACACAGAGAUCAUGGUGAAGGUAAGGGCACACAGUCAAGGCUGGUACACACACACAGAGAUAAUGGUGAAGGAAGGGCACACAGUCAGGCUGGUACACACACACAGAGAUAAUGGUGAAGUAAGGGCACACAGUCAGGCUGGUACACACACAGAGAGAUAAUGUGAAGGUAAGGGCACACAGUCAGGCUGGUACACACACACAGAGAUAAUGGUGAAGGUAAGGGCACACAGUCAGGCUGGUACACACACACAGAGAUAAUGGUGAAGGUAAGGGCACACAGUCAGGCUGGUACACACACAAGAGAUAAUGGUGAAGGUAAGGGCACACAGUCAGGCUGGUACACACACACAGAGAUAAUGGUGAAGGUAAGGGCACACAGUCAGGCUGGUACAUAUACACAGAGAUAAUGGUGAAGGUAAGGGCUCACAGUCAGGCUGGUACACACACACACAGAGAUAAUGGUGAAGGUAAGGGCACACAGUCAGGCUGGUACACACACACAGAGAUAAUGGUGAAGGUAAGGGCACACAGUCAGGCUGGUACACACACACAGAGAUAAUGGUGAAGGUAAGGGCACACAGUCAGGCUGGUACACACACACAGAGAUAAUGGUGAAGGUAAGGGCACACAGUCAGGCUGGUACACACACAGAGAGAUAAUGGUGAAGGUAAGGGCACACAGUCAGGCUGGUACACACACACAGAGAUAGUGGUGAAGGUAAGGCACACAGUCAGGCUGGUACACACACACACACACACACACACAGAGAUAAUGGUGAAGGUAAGGGCACACAUUCAGGCUGGUAACACACACAGAGAGAUAAUGGUGAAGGUAAGGGCACACAGUCAGGCUGGUACAACACACACAGGAUAAUGGUGAAGGUAAGGGCACACAGUCAGGCUGGUACACACACAUAGAGAUAAUGGUGAAGGUAAGGGCACACAGUCAGGUGGUACACCACACAAGAGAUAAUGUGAAGGUAAGGGCACACAGUCAGGCUGGUACACACACAGAGAUAAUGGUGAAAGUAAGGCACACAGUCAGGCUGGUACACACACACACACGAUAAUGGGUGAAGGUAGGGCACACAGUCAGGCUGGUACACACACACACAGAGAUAAUGUUGAAGGUAAGGGCACACAAGUCAGCUGGUACACACACACACAGAGAUAAUGGUGAAGGUAAGGGCACACAGUCAGGCUGGUACACACACACAGAUAAUGGUGAAGAUAAGGGCACACAGUCAGGCUGGUACACACACACAGAGAUAAUGGUGAAGGUAAGGGCACACAGUCAGGCUGGUACACAUGUACACACAAGAUAUGGUUCCAGAAGAGGAUGUGUCUUUCAAACGUAAUGGUGAGCGUGUAGCCAGAGUGAAAGAGAAGGUGAGUUAAACGUCCGAAAUCGGAGUUGGAAAAAGAGGAAAUUUAGCUUGUUUGAAGUGGCUGGUAACUGAACUAAAGGUCAUUUGUGUGAAGGUACGGUCUUCUCCAGAUGCGUGGGUACAAGACACAAGACAUGGUGUAAGUGAGGGACGCAGUCUGAUUUCCUCCACGACCAGAUAUGGAAGGGUAAGGCCUCUCAGGCUCCACACCCAUCACUCCCCGGUAAGGUAACCCAUCCGCCCCCGCUCCCUGACCUCUCUACGCCUAUGCUGGGUAGUUGCCCGUGGCUGUCAACCUGGAGGGAGAAGGAGAGGGUAAGGGUAGGAGAGUAGGCGGUAGGGCAGAUGUACAAUUCGAGUAUCUCCUAAUCUAAGGAACCAGGCUCCUCCACACCACAAAAUUUACAGAGACACAUCCUGGUGACACUACCAAACAACUCCGGCAGGGGGCCAAGUAAGCUGUACCGCUGCCCUAUGCCCCUUCCCAUCGGCUUACCCACAAAAUAUGGUCGACACGCAAGCACACACAGUGGGGGAAACCACCACCGCUAGCCCGCCAGUGCACUAGCCUCGGCCACCGGACACAAGCUGUAACACCCACCAUCGCAUUCACAAAGGGAAGAGAAGGGACCCACCAGCUGUGCCCAGUGCUCGUACCCUGCGGGAACUGGCCAACCUGAGGCCCACAGAGGAUCACUCUGGAGCAAGCCGUUCCACUCUCUGUGUGGCUACAGCGUACACCAAGCAUAACCUGAGAGUAGACACAUCGCUGAGACACACGGGGGAAAGCCUACGGUAUGCUGAGUGUGACUACACCACGGUACACGACAACUACAAAAGCCACCAGUGAAGGUACAGGACACACCAGCAGCUGGGACAACACACACACCAGGACAUACAUGCGUCAGCAACACACACCACUGAGACACACACACAGACACAUGAGGAAAGCACACACGCAGCUGGACACACACACACACAACCACUGUGAGGUAAGGCACACACACCCUGGUACACACACACACACACAUGUGAGGUACACACACACAACACACACACCACAGUAUGAAACAGCACACACACGCACUGUAGACACACACACACCAGUAGUGAAGGACACCCACACUACCACACACACAAUAAGGUGAAGGAACACACAGCACGACACACCACAAGAGAUAAUGUGAAUAACACACAUCAGGCUGGUACACACACACACACAGAAUGGUGAAGGUAAGGCCACAGUCAGGCUGGUACACAACACACACAGAUAAUGGUGAAAGGGAAGGCACACAGUCAGGCUGUACACACACACACAGAGAUAAUGGUGAAGUAAGGGCACACAGUCAGGCUGGUACAAACACAGAGAUAAUGGUGAAGGUAAGGGUCACAGUCAGGCUGGUACACACACACACAGAGAUAAUUGUGAAGGUAAGGGCACACAGUCAGGCUGGUACACACACACACAGAUAAUGGUGAAGGUAAGGGCACACAGUCAGGCUGGUACACCACACAUAGAGAUAAUGGUGAAGGUAAGGGGCACACAGUCAGGUGGUACACACCACACAAGAUAUGGUGAAGUAAGGGCACACAGUCAGGCUGGUACAUAUACACAGAAGAUAAGGUGAAGGUAAGGGCUCACAGUCAGGCUGGUAACACACCCCACCCCAGAAUAAUUGUGAAGGUAAGGGCCACAGUCAGGUGGUAACACACACACAGAGAUAAUGGUGAAGGGGAAGGGACACAGUCAGGCUGGUACACACACACACAGAGAUAAUGGUGAAGGUAAGGGCACACAGUCAGGCUGGUACACACACACAGAGAUAAUGGUGAAGGUAAGGGCACACAGUCAGGCUGGUACACACACAGAGAGAUAAUGGUGAAGGUAAGGGCACACAGUCAGGCUGGUACACACACAGAGAUAAUGGUGAAGGUCAGGGCACACAGUCAGGCUGGUACACACACACAGAGAUAAUGGUGAAGGUAAGGGCACACAGUCAGGCUGGUACACAUGUACACACACAAUAUGUUCCAGAAUAGAGGAUGUUGUCUUUCAAACGUUCUAGCGUGUAGCUCAGAGUGAAAGGAGAAGUGUUGGUUAACUUCCUGAAACUGGAGUUGAAAAAGAGGAAGAAGCUCUGUUUGGUUGGCUGGUUACUGAACUAAAGGUCAUUUGUCUGUGUGUACUGUUCUCUUCUCCAGAUGCCGUGGUGUCAGACCUGACAGUGUGUGUGAGGGAGGAUUCUGAUUUCCUCCAGACCCUAGGGGGGGUAGCCUCUUCCUCCUCCCCCCUCCUCCCCUGUCUCCCCCCAUCCGCCCCCCUCCCUGACCUCCUCUUCCCCCUCUGCUGUCGUUCCUGUGGCCUCACCCUGGAGGGAGAAGGAGAGGGGGAGGGAGGAGAGGAGGGCGGAGGGCAGAUGUGUAGUCAAUGUUCUGAGUUUCUCCUCUCUAAGGAACCAGGCUCCUCCAGCCCCACUGACAGAGACACACCUGGUGACACUGACUCAAACACACUCCGGCCGGGGGCCAGUAAGCUGUACCGCUGCCCUCUCUGCCCCUUCCUCUCCCUCUACCCCAACCACCUGGCUCGACACGCCCACACCCACAGUGGGGAGAAACCCCACCGCUGCCCCCAGUGCCCCUACGCCUCGGCCCACCUGGACAACCUGAAACGCCACCUCCGCAUUCACACAGGGGAGAAGCCCUACCGCUGUGCCCAGUGCUCGUACGCCUGCGGGAACCUGGCCAACCUGAGGCGCCACGAGAGGAUUCACUCUGGAGCCAAGCCGUUCCACUGCUCUGUGUGCGGCUACAGCUGUAACCAGAGCAUGAACCUGAAGAGACACAUGCUGAGACACACGGGGGAGAAGCCUUACGGCUGUGCUGAGUGUGAUUACACCACGGGACACUGGGACAACUACAAACGCCACCAGAGGAAACACGGACACAACACAGACAGCUGGGACAAACACACACACCAGGACACUACAGCAGUCAGCAACACACACCACUGAGAAACACACACACCACCACUGAGACACACACACACCACAGAGACACACACACACACACCACUGAGACACACACACACACACACACACACCACUGAGACACCCACUGAGACACACACACACCCACACACACACACACCACUGAGA